AUGUUAAAUCUAAAAAAGAGAUAUUAUCCAUAUUCGUGGUUAUUAGGAAUUUUGCUAAUUCUUUCGAUUUUCUAUCAAGAAUAUCAAAGUCUUUCUUAUACAUCGUAAAUGAUAUUAUUACUCUUAAAAUCACAUUAUGAAGGUUUUAGAUUGAAUAUUUUCUUUUAUGCUUUAAGUUUACUAUUUGAUGUAUGCAGAAUGAAAUCACUAAGUCUGGUUGCUAUUAUUUUAUAUUUUUUUUUGACUCAUAAGUUAAACAACUACUAUUUGCCAGAUGGAGGAAAUCCUGUAGGUCAUUUAUACUUAAAGGCAGGGUUACUUAAUAAUUACAACCAUAUUCCAGAAAUGGCAAUCUAUUAUCCUACAUCAUUGAAAGAUUGUAGCAAAUGUAAAAAAGGAUUCAAGUGGCUAAAAGUAAAAGAUUAUGCUAAAAAAAUGGAAGAUACUGCAAAAAAAGAUGUACACAGAAAAAGGAGAAUUCCCUAUCUCUUUUUUAGAAUUGUAGUUUCAUAAUUCUAUAAGUUUAUGAUAAAUGUUUAUGAAAAUGCAUAAAUUGAUUUAAAUUUUGCAGAGACCACAGAUAAUCUUUCUAAAUUUUCAGUCAUUAUUUUGAGUCAUGGUUUAGCUUCACAUUGUGAUGGUUAUUCAGUAAUAGCAAGAUAUUUGGCUUAACAAGGUCAUAUUGUCUUUGUUCCAGAACAUAUAGAGAAUAUUCGUAAUAUUUAUCUAACUAAUGAAGAAAAUAGAGAAUAUAGAAAAUUAUAAUUAUAAGAUAGGUAAUUAUUAUUUCAUUCUAAAAAUAGAAUCAAAACUAUAAAAUAAGUAUUGGAUAUAAUAUAUGAUGAGAAAUAAUUCUCAGAUCUUUUCAAGCAUCCCAAUAACAAGAUACAACCAGACUUUGAUUAAAUUUCCAUCAUAGGUCAUUCAUUUGGUGGUUCUACAGCUUAUGCUAUAGCUUAGACUGAAAAAAGAGUGACAGGAGCAUGUAUACUUUAUGAUCCAGUAUUGUUAUCCAUUUUAUAAUCUAGUGUCUGUAUAUUUUCGAUUUUGAAGAAAAGGUUAAGUUACACAUUCCAUUAUUGAGCAUUAAUUCUGAUGAUUUUUAUAGAAGAUUGUAUUCCUUUAUGGAAAAUGAUGAGAGAUUGGAAAAGGCAUUUUAAUUGAUAGAUGUAUAUAUUGGCUUAAUUAUAGGGUCCAAUUUCAGAUCAUUGUGCAAAUAUUUACAUUAAAGAUCAACAACAUGCAGACUUUUCAGAUAUCCCUAUAAUUUGGAAUGGUGAAAGCGGACUUUAUAGCAUUUCAAUAAAUGUUCAUGAAGUUCAUUUGAGAUUCGGGAUGAUUUUACUAUUGACAAAAAUAUUUUUAGAAGAAUCAAAAUAAUAUCAUAAAAUUAAACAUAAUAAGUAGAAUUAGGAUGGAAAUGUGGAAUUAAAAUAAAAGAUUCUAUAAGAAGUAGAAAAGCAGUUUGGAAAUCAGAGUCAAAAUUUAUUAAGAUGGACAGCGAUUCCAAACAAAUGAUU